UUUUCAUCAUGUGCCUUUGACUGUAAAGUGGCUUUCUUAGUUUAUUCAGGAACAUAUAUGUAAGAUAUACUGUUCUCAGGUUUAUUGCAUCUUUUAUCUGAAAUAUAUCAACAUUUACAUUUGUCAGUAAAUUACAGAAAUGACACAAUUUCUCCUCUGCCUGUUAUUAGUUGUGUUUGAAGUAGGAGAUGCCUUAGAUAAUGGUCUAGCUCUGACACCACCCAUGGGAUGGAUGCAUUGGGAACGAUUCAGAUGUAUAACAGAUUGUAAAACAGAUCCAAAAAAUUGUCUCAAUGAAAACUUGAUAAUGAGACAAGCUGAUAGAAUGGCAUCGGAUGGUUAUCGUGAUGCUGGUUAUGUUUAUCUCUCAAUUGAUGAUUGUUGGAUGGCUAAGGAACGUGAUUCUAAUGGAAGGUUACAAGCAGAUCCCAUUAGAUUUCCAAGAGGAAUUAAGUUUUUGGCUGAUUAUCUUCACAAUAAAGGUUUAAAACUUGGUAUAUAUGAAGAUUUUGGUACUAGGACCUGUAUGGGAUACCCUGGAAGUGAGUUCUACUUACAAUUGGAUGCAGAAACAUUUGCCAGCUGGAAAGUGGAUCUUUUGAAGCUUGAUGGCUGUAAUGCUGACAGGAAAGAUAUGAAAAAUGGUUAUGAAGCAAUGGGUUUUUUCCUGAACAAGACUGGCCAUCCUAUUUUAUAUCUAUGUAGCUGGGCAGCAUACGUUUCUCCUUACAAAGAUCUGACUGAUUAUCCAGCAUUUCAGAAGUAUUGCAACCAGUGGCGUAACUAUAGAGAUAUACAAGACUCAUGGGAUGUUAUGUAUGACAUCAUUGAUUACUAUGGCAACAAUACUUACAAUUUGUCAGCCUAUGCAGGAUCUGGACAUUGGAAUGACCCUGAUGAGCUAAUAAUAGGUGGAUAUGGCUUGAGUUUUAAUCAAGAGAAGUUACACAUGGGAAUGUGGGCUAUGAUGGCAUCUCCUCUUUUUAUGUCUGUUGAUUUGGAAACAAUUCGACCCUCAUCUAAAGGAUUACUAUUAAAUAAAAUGCUAUUAGAGAUUAAUCAGGACCCUCUUGGAGUUCAAGGUCAGAGAAUAUGGAAGUUUAGAAAGUUUGAAAUCUGGCAGCGCCCCCUUCACAAGGCACACUCCUAUGCUAUAGCUGUUAUAAACAGUGACAAUGAAGGUGUUCCAAGGACAAUAAAGUUGUCAUUAUCUGAGUUUGGAGUGACUGGUUCCCCAGCCUUCAAUGUUACUGAUGUAUUUGAUGGUACCAGCCAUGGUGUGGCACAUGUAAAUGAUUCAUUCAUAUAUGAAGUUAAUCCAACAGGGAUAUAUAUGGUUAGACUGGAUCCAGUCAUGUCAUGGAAAAGAUGAAAGAAGAUUAAAAGAAAAGAAAAUAUACAUUGAAUGUGUGGUGUAAGAAGACAAACUGUAUUAUAGAAACUGUUGAGGGUUAAAUGUUUCAGGUAUUGUUUUAUUGUAUGCCACGAAUGUUUCAGAAUGCAAGACCUUGGGAUUACUAUCUGGUGGAGGGGGUGACGGUGUAGAUCAAGUAUAUACAAAAUUAUAUAUCAGAAGGAAGAACACUAUGAUUCUUCAUACCUUGUUGAUGCCUUAUAUUACAAAGUUUCCUCCUGUCAUGUCUCAAUUGUACUUCACCUCAUUGUUAUGGUUCAGUGACGGCUUAAAAUACUUGCUUAUUAUCAGUAAUAGGAAAAGUAUGCAUAUAUUUGGUAUACAUGUAGGACUUGGAACCGUGAUGGUACUCCAAUCCAUAUUGGUCACACUAAAGCGUGUGGUCCGCAUUAAAGUGCGUUGGUUAACACGCUGAAAUGCGAUGAUGGCAUUAAGAUACUAAUUUGUUGAUUCAAUAAAGAGCUAUGAUAGUUACGCUGAAGUGCGAUGGUCUGCUUGUGAUAUAGACGGUACAAAGCAAAAUUUACAUAAGAUGUUUAAAUGAAAUAACAUUAUUCAGAUUUGACGAAAGUAGCUGCUAACCUCGCAUUUGAAAGAUCUUUUAAUUUCUAUUAAACUGAAAUUAGCUGAUUCGCUGCUGAGGAAAAUAAAAUAUAAAGGAAAUAAUCCGUAGGAACCAGUCAGGUUAAUUUCGACCCUACAUAUUGUGAAAAUUAAAUUAAACACUGUAACCACAAUAAAUAAGGCUAAAGUGAUGGUGUUCUUACACAUCAACUUGAUAUAAUAAAAACAUUGCUAAUUAAUGCUAGUAAGUCAUUUCAUCAUUAAAAUGUCCACAUAAAAUCGUAUAUAUCAUGCUUGAAGAGAAGUCAAAUUAACUAUUUAUAUCAAGACAUUUUAUUCGAACAAAAGGUUUGAUGCAUUCUUCCAAAUACUGGUUAGUUCUUCUGCAAACCUAGUCCAGCCUUGUCCUCGGUGACAAGUACAUCUGUUUGCUGCUUUGAUAUAGCUAAAUAUUAUUGUAAUAUCCACCAGCACUAGUGCUGCUCAAACAUGUUUCGGGACUUAAAUCCUUCGAUUGUUAAUUUUUUUCUUCAUUUCUUUUGUUCGCAUCUAACUUUGAUCUACAAAAUCUAUUUUCUUGCCUCUGAAUCUAUGUUGUAUUUGAUGUAACGUUGUAUAUGAAAACGUCCCAAAAUAUAAAAAAGUCAUUCCAAACCAUGGCACUUCAGCAAGAGAACCAUCGGACUAUCUACAUCGCACCUCCGAGUCAUACAUAUAUAAUGCUUAAACAUGCCAAUGUUUUAUCUGACAUCUACCUCAUUUAUAGGAUAAGCAAUCAAUGUCAAGUCUGUAUCUUAGAUCAUCUUAACUUUAAGAGUUUGACAGUCCCUCUGGUAUCUUUUGCCCCUCUUUUUCUGACAGGCAGGUUUCAUCUGACAUUGAUUUUCAUUGUCAUUAAACAAUAUCAAGUUUUCAUUGUUAUGUUUUUGUCUUAGGUACUAUAAGCAAUUGUUUGGUGUAAGAAAUGACUCUAAGGUGUACACAUCUGUCAGGGUUCAUCUGACCUUGACAACAUUUUUAUGGUUCGUUGGUUAAUGUAUACUUUUUACAAUUAGAUCUGUUUCUCUGUUACUGUAAGCAAUAUGCUUACAUUUGAUAUUUGUUGUAUGGUAUUAUAUAAGGUGUGCAUGUCUGUCAUGCAGGUUUCAUCUGACCUUGACUUCAUUGACAUUGAUCGUUAAUAAUAAUAAGUGUAUGUGAUACUUGUAGUAUAACUUCACAAUACCAACUUUCAACAUAAAUGCAAUCAUGAUAAGUAAAGCAGGCGAGACAUUUUAGCAUGUGCACUCUUGUGUAAUUACUUAUUUUCCAGUUCUACUUAAAUUAUGUAUAAUACUCAUAAUAAAUUAUUCAAGAACAUAUUUAUAAAGAAAAAGAAAAAAAAUAUUUAUAUUGAUUUAAUAUCUUAAAAAAAACCUGCAUUAUUUGUGACUAGUAUUCAUGUUACUCAAGUUUUAAGUUAAGAGGUUAUGUUUGUUCACUUGUUUUUUGUACUGUUACUACUGGUAACAUUAUUGAAUAAUUGUUAGUUCAUCUUAAUUCCUCUAAUGAUUUUAAUGCCUCUUUGUCUCAUUCCAAUUUUCACAGUUAUUAAUGAAACAUUGAAAAUUUACAUCAAAUUGUUUCUAUCCGUCCUUCUUUUUCUGGAAAACGUGAUGAGUUUUAUUAGAAAUAUCUACAUAUGAAGAUCUGAAUUUUAUCAUUUAAAGUCAUAUGAAACGAGUGAGUGGUGAAAAAUAAUGUUAAUCCAAUUCUUGAACCAAUGCAUGUAUAUAUCAUAAACUUAGUCCUCUG